CAGCAGCAGCGGCAGCCUCAGCAGCAGCCGCUGCUUCAGCUUCAUCAGCUGCAGAAGCAGAAGCAGAGGCAGCAAUUCAUCGACAGCCUGGAGAACAACUAAGCAGCACGCAUCUUGAAGAGGCGAGAGGCGCUCCAUGCGAGGGGGAAGAUGGGGAAAUGGCACUUGCAGUUGACCAAAUGUAAGGAUCAAGAAAUCAAGCGAGAUCUUCACUUAUGACACAAACCCGGGUUUAUGCAUCAAUAGGAACUUUUUAAAGAGCAAAAAGAGUACUCCUACCUGCUCCGAAAGAAACAUGGAUGUAUCUUCGUCUUCUCUCCAGUACGGAUCAAAAAAGCGGGUUAAAAUUCACCCAAAUACAGUGACAGUGAAAUAUGCCACUCACUUUCCCCAGCCUGGCGAUGAAGGGUAUGAUGAUGCACCCUCUUUUGAGGAAUUUGGCGCCUUCGCAGAAGCUAAUACGGAGAAGAGACUGGUGUCGGACAGCAAAGGUGGCAGGACUUUCUUUGGAACCAUGGAGACCCAGCCUAAGCAGCCAGGCGUGCAAAGAGACAAAGGGGUCGGAGGCCAGCUGGCUAGCUUUGGCGAGGCAAAUGUGUUGGCCUCCAGGGUGACCUGGAUGGCCUUGUUUGGGGCCGCGGUGGCUCACGGUUGUGUGGCACUGAUUACCCGUUUAGCAGCCGACCGCUCUAAGGUGCCCUCCCUCGAGCUGCUCUUUAUUCGCUCUGUGAUCCAAGUGCUGUCCAUCCUGGUAGUCUUCUACUACCACGAGGCCCCCUUUGGCCCUAAGGGCUACCGUCUGCGUCUCUUCUUCUACGGCGUCUGCAACGUAAUCUCUAUCACCUGCGCCUACACCUCUUUUGCUAUAGUACCACCCAGUAAUGGCACCAUCAUGUGGCGUGCCUCUACCACAGUCUUCAGUGCAAUACUGGCCUUCCUGCUCCUGGAUGAGAGGCUGGGCUACACAGAUGUGGUCACAGUGGUGGGAAGCGUGUUUGGUCUGUGCCUGGUCAUGGUGCCAAACGUAGCAGACGAGGAGAAGUCCAGGCUGGGCUUUUGGAAGGAGGCCUUUGGCUACACAAUGACAGUGACGGCCGGUUUGACAGCUGCCCUCUCCAUGAUCGUCUACAGAGCCAUUAAGGAGCGCGUCAGCAUGUGGACGGCGCUCUUUACCUUCGGCUGGACGGGCACAGUGUGGGGUGCCUCCACCAUGUUUAUCAUGCAGGAGCCCAUCAUUCCUCUAGAUGGGGAGACCUGGGGCUAUUUAAUUGGGAUCUGUAUCUGCUCCACCGUGGCAUUCCUCGGAGUAUACUAUGCUCUAAACAAAUUCCAUCCAGCCUUAGUUAGCACCGUGCAGCACCUAGAGAUCGUGGUUGCCAUGUUCCUCCAGCUCAUUGUUCUGAGGAUGAUCCCGUCCGUCUACGACGUCAUUGGGGGCCUGGUCAUCAUGAUCAGUGUGUUCACCCUAACAGGAGUCAAGCUGUACAGGGUGAGCAGGGCCAUUCGGCAGGAUUAUCAAGAGAUCCUAGACUCACCCAUCAAAUGAGUUUAGAAAAUGUCAGUCUAUUUGUUUACAAUGUUGCUUGGUUGUGCAAUUUAAAGAAUGUCUGAUGAUUUUGUAUUGUUGUGUUGUUCGAAGAGUGCCAGUUGUGUAACUAAUGUCUCAAUAUUUGUGUGUGAAAUAAAAGACAAACGUAAUAUGGUGACUGUUUCCCCAUGAUAAUACUGCUUUAAUGUCAAAUUGUAUUACAGACCAAAAUGUCAGCAAAAAAAACCCCUAAAAAAAACAAGAGUCCGUUUAACUUUUGUGAUUUAUUUCGCUCCAAGAUUUGAAUCUGGUCUUGUGAGUGGCAGUGUAAGAAGAUCAGUUUAAUGAUAUGCAUCUUUCGUAAUCAUGACAUCAGCAAGGUGUGUCGUAUCCCUCUCUUGUCACACUGCCACACUUGUCACAAUGUGUAAAUGUCAGCCCAGAAAUCAUUCAUAUUACAUACAAGGAAUGAAAGAAUAAAAACAAAUACCACCCACCUUUCUUAAAAUAACUGGUAUUGAUUUUCUAAGCCUUAAUCUGUUUCUUGCCAAGAUCUGUUGCUUGCCUCUAUAUUCUCCAUGUUUUUCCAUGAACAUGGCAGGAUAUAGAGGCCUGCCAAAUACAUUGUAAGUUAUAUGGUUCUUAUUCAAUUUACAAGUACACCCUUCAAGUCUCUGGGGGAUCAAAAAUGAUUUUGUGCACAGGAAAAGAAGCAAUCUGUAUUAUUACAUAUACUAUUUUCUCCCAUCAACAUUAUGUGCACAAACUCCUUUCAUUAUGUUCUGGCCCCAGCAGCUGGUUUAUACUUAACGCUAGUGAUUACAUCCCGGGACACUGCUUCUGUUUACUUUCAGACGUGUAUCAAACUAAUGCCCAGAGGCAGGUGCGCUGUAUUGAAUUAAAGUCCCCCUUAACAACAUGAGACCAUCUGCUUUUUCUGUGGUGGACAGUUCCUUUCUCUGUGGCCGAUGCAGUCAGUCUUUCUGUGAUUCCCCAGGGGGCAAAGCAACAGUGAUGGAAUGAAAUAAGGACAUAAUGAUGUUGCAGAGUGGAUGGAAGAGGACAUGUUGCAUGUUCAAAACUGACACAGCAUGUAUGUUUCACUAACAGCCCAGCAGGUGGCAUUCACAAACCAUGUCAUCAUCACUCCGACAGCGGAAUUAGCAGAAGUAACACUUUCUCACAGUAAAUAAUGAAGGUAAUUAUUGCUAUAUCAAGUGCUUAGCAGUUUUCAGCUGAGUAUAUCUUUUUUCAUCAAAACAAUUGUAACACAUGAUAUAACACACUUCAUCCAAACAGCCUAGUUAUUUGACAGCGUUAUGGCUGAUUUUUCUACUCACAGCAUAGCAUCUGAUGAACUAUUAUACAUUUAUGACACAGUGUUGAAUAUGUAACAUAUUUACACGGAAACAGGAAGUAAUCAGUCUUGUGGUUAUAACCACAUGUGACAGGUGUUUCUGAAAUCAAAUUAUCCUGUGUAACGAAAAUCUACUAUCACUGAUGUCACAGUAAAUUAAAAUGGUCUGUAAAAUACAAGCUCCAUUCAUUUACAACCAAAAGGUGAACAAUCACCAUCAUAAACCAAUAAUAAUGUCAAAUUGGUGUUUACUUUAAAAAUACAGUCUGUCUGUUAUGUCACG